AUGGCCCUGGGACGCUUCCUUCUCUCAGCUGUCGUGCUGGGACGUCUGGCCGUCGGCCACCCCACGAGCAAGGUGCUGCUGCGCCGCGAUGGCACCGACGGUGACGACAUCAUCAUCUAUGACUCGGCAGUGACCGAGCCCACGCGCGUUCCCCAAGUUCUCCUUUGGGUCGACAGCGAUGGCAAGCCAGUCGAGACAGCCACGGAGGACGUGCUACUGUUGCCAACGUCGUUGGCACUCGGCCACAACCUGGCUUCAGCGGCGAAGGCUUCCGUGACCGCUGCCCUUUCUACACAGACCCUGCUAUUUCCCACACAGGCCCAGGCAAGCUCAACCCACGGCAGCGAGACGACUGCUGCCGCAGCACCGCUGCCGCCGCCACCAGCACCGGAGUCCCAAAAGCCACCUGUUCCGGAGCCGGCAGAGGAUAGCAAUGCCUCGUCGCAGGGCUCCAGGACCUCGCUUCAGGCCUCGUCCACGCACGGAGAACCAACUGCGGCCACGGUUCCCGACAUCCCCUCCCCCAAGGAGUCACACCACGGCACACAGUCCGAUCAAUCAGGCUCGAACUCCGCCCCCCCGACGUCCGAGCGCUAUGGAAUCUCGUAUGCGCCGUACCGAGCUGAUCAUCAGUGCAAAUCGAAGGAGGAGAUUGAGUGCGACCUGGCCCACCUGGCCAAGCAAUAUUCCUUGGUGCGCAUCUACGGCACGGAUUGCAAUCAAGUCCAAAACGUUUACUCCGGUGCCAAGUCUCAUGGCAUGAAGCUAUUUGUCGGCAUCUGGGACCCGGACCAAGUCGAGAACGAGGCGAACAUCAUUACUUCUGCCAUCAAUGGAGACUGGGACAUGAUUCACACAGUCAGUGUCGGCAACGAGCUUGUCAACAACGGGAAAGCUACCCCCGAGCAGGUCGUGUCGGCAGUCAAGUCCGUCCGCUCGACACUCCGCGAAGCCGGGUACAAGGGACCAGUUGUGACCGUCGACACCUUCGUGGCCGCCAUGGCACACCCCGAGCUCUGCAGUGCAUCCGACUACUGCGCCAUCAACGCACACGCCUUCUUCGACAAAGAUGUGACAGCGUCCGAAGCUGGGCAGUGGCUGCGGAAGACGGUGGGCGGCGUCAAAGACGCACUGCCCAGCCCUAAGAACAUUGUUGUCACCGAGACUGGCUGGCCGAUGAAGGGACAGCGCAAUGGACUGGCAGUGCCAAGUCUGGAGAACCAGAAGGCGGCGUUGAGCUCCAUCAGGCAAGAGUUUUCAAGCACCCCCGGUGACGUUAUCCUCUUUUCGGCCUUCAACGACCGAUGGAAGGAAAACAACGCGGGCACUUUCAACACGGAAGGCUUCUGGGGUAUCAUUGGGGCUUCUCACUGUGGGCAAUAG